GAUUGGCUGAGAAGAGGGAGUUGAAAGUUGAAUCGUGAACUGUCAGAAGAAACAAAGUGUAGAAGCAGCGAUAACAAGAGUUUCUCACUCAGAACUCUUCGCCUUGACGCAGCAGUGGUUUGUCCACAGAGCAACGUCUACAGUUGGUAAGACAUGAGUGGCACAGUCCGCCAGAUCACAAUAACCACUGAUCCAAGUACCCCCUACUUCCUGCGAGUGGACUGGGCAGAGGACCUGGGUGCUGGAUUUACAUUAGCUCUCACUGAUGGCAGCUCGGCGUGGAUCGGAGAAGUUUCAGAAGAUGAGGUGACAAAGGAAGCCAGUGAACUGGGAGUCACAAGAGAAAACUAUGUGAAGGAUCUUCUUCUAGCACUAACAAGGAGUGCUGAAGGAAGAGGAGGACGAGGGAGAGGGAGUGACAAGAAGGCCUAUUCUUUCCACCUGACUCCAGAUCACUGUCAUCUCUCAUAUCAGAAGUUCUGUGACGACAUCACGGUGGACUUGGGCUCGGUGGAGCUUCAACCGGCUCCAGAUCCUCUAGAGCUGAACCGGGAGAUGAUUGGCCAGUCCCUGAAGCGCAGCACAGAUCUGCAGUCAGAAAACUGCCGGCUACUGGAGGAGAACCGUGGACUGAAACAGGAGCACCAUCGAAUACUCACAGAGCUGGAGAAGCAUGUUCAGGAUAAGGAGACGAUGGAGAAGAAACUUUACUCUCGUUUUGUCCUGGUGCUGAAUGAGAAGAAGGCGAAGAUCCGGAGCCUGCAGGACACUGUCCACCAGCUCAAACAGACUGCUGACAAGCGGCACAGUGACGAUGAAGCAACUUUGGAUGAAGAUGGCAGUCAGAACAGAGGAGAGGAGACUGUUCCAAGCAUCCAUCCAUCUCAGGAGCAAACCAUCCUAAUCACAGGUCGUAAUCUUGUGUGCCACGGCGUCACUGUGGACCGCACGUUUUCUGAUAACGAAGACGAACAAUCGAGACGGAGGCGCAGGUUACUUCACGCUGAGCCCUCUGAGCAGGAAUAAAAUCACAGAGGUGUCUCCUGAAUAUCCGGCACAAACACGCAAUGUUGUGAGGUCUCCUUCCUCGUCCAACAGCUGCACUCUUUCUCAACCUGACUCACUGCGCCAGAGCGACCCGAGGUUCUGUGACUUCCACAUUCCACCUCAGACUAAUCCCGCUAUUUAACGCAACCGACACGUGCAUCUCCAAAAAUGCUGGUGAUGUGCGUUGAAACAGUAAUAGCAGCUUUCAGUGUCUAUCAAGUUGUCGGUCAAUCUAUGGUGCAUAUGAGUUGAUAAACUCGAACCACAUUUGUUGCUGUGACACUUCUUUUGAAUCCAACAACCUCAUAACAUCCUCCCACAGCUUACAUCUGGGUGUUGGCUGGCAAAUAAACAAGGCUGCAAAUUACUGCAGUGUGUGGUGCUGCUCAGUCCAGCUGAGACCUGACAGAAACGGCUUCUGAGUGCAAUUGGAAACAUGCUUUUCUUCUCUCAUUUGCAUCUUUGCCUUUGCAUUUUAUCAAAUUUCAUUUUUUGCCGAAAUCAUGUUAAGCUGAAUACAUGAUAAUGUUUAUAUGAAUGUAUUAAACUAUAUUUAAUGGAUUGUAUGUAGCACAAAAUGUAACUUUUAAAUUUGUUUUUAUCAGUGAAUAUUAUAUUCUACCACUAACUUUUUCUCCCUGCCUCCUCUCCACCCUCCUCCUCGACAUACAGAUGAUAUCCAGGACUCAUCAACACGAUUGAAGCCCUAAAUCGAAGGCUUUUUUUUCUGAUGAACAUGUUUUCUGGAUCCCUAUCGAGCUGUGUGGUGAGCUGGUCAACGCUUAUCUCAAUACACACAAGCCAAACGGUGACAACCAGGCCACAGCAUCCUGAAGGUGGCCCCAGUCUUUAUGCCAGGUUUGGUCCCAAAUUGUGAAAGCGAUUUUCAGGAAACACAAGCAUGUUACUGCCAUCUGGUUUGCUUUUACUGCGACAAUUACCUGCCAGAGUUCUCACAAGAGACUGGCUGGUCGCCUUGCGUCCUCAAUAAAUGAUGAGUCGAUCACAGCCAGUUGUGCCGUAGAGGCUUUGCCAAGAUGCGUUAGUAUUCGUGUGGUAAUAUUCACUCAAUGCCCAGCAGUGCUUCCUCAGGAGCUGAUGGUGCUGCUGGUAAACACAUGGAGAGCAUGGGAGAGAACUGUGACCAGGAGUAUGGAAGCAAUUUCUCCAGAGCUUGACUUCACCCUGUGCUCGAACUUGGGCUGCCAAGCCCCUUGGCCUUGGCUCUGUGUUAGACCAGAGGAAGAGUAACAACUACUGCGGCACAACAGGCUACACCCAGAAAACAGGGUGUCACCACCAAGCAACCGAAGCUGCUUUGUUGCUGCUUAUUCAUCAUGUCCUGCUGAUGCUUUCCUCCCUCUUUUCAUUAUGAAAAUAAACUGUAUGCCAUCUCUUUCAUUUCCACUUUCUAAACUAGCAUUUUACAGAAGAUAAUUUGUCCCCCACGUUUCCUUCUUGUUUACGUCUGCCCUUUUAUUGUGUAGAUGUUCUAUGGUCCACACUACCUGAGGCCUGUUUUGCAGUUGGUUAAAAAGGUUAUGUUGGCUUCGCCUCUUCGCCUUUAUCUCUUCUACCAGCUUUAGGUCUCAAGGUCAUCCCACUGACAAUAAUGAAGCUAGGUAGACCGGGCCAUUACCAUUAUUUCACCAUUCUACCUUUGACUUCUGAACCCGCCUGCCGUCUUUAAUAAUUUGGAUGAUACAUAUAUGUCUCCUGAAGACCACAGGUGGCCGCCGGGGUAAUCCCACAACACGAGCUUGCUGCUGUAGUAAUCCCUGAAGGAAUGUCACACUCCUCGAUAAAUCCUGUCAAUAAAGGCGUGUUAUGCGGUGAGGUACAGAUCGGUGACCGGGGAUAAUUGACGGAUGGGCGCAUGACAACGUGAUGGGGAGGAUGAGACUGUGGGAAAAAGAGAUGCCACUGAAUCUUUGGUUUCAUUCAGAAUAAAUAAUGAAGCUGUGUUUUCAUGUUAAAUAUUUUAAAAUGUAACAUUCGAAUAAGGAUGCAACACAAAUUGGUGUUGUUUCCUUAUUUUGACCAGAACCUGAUGAUAUUUUGUCUCUGUGGUAAAGACUGUAAAUAUUUCCAUUUUCAACCAGUUUCCCUGAUUUCUUAAUUUGUUUUAAUUUGUGUAUUUAAAAAUACUCAGUGGAUGUAUUGAUAUUUUAGAGAUUAAGUUAAACAUUAUAAAUGUUUUUAAGUCUUUAUGCAAAAUAUGUGUUGUAAAAUGUUUCGUAAGAUAAGGCCUCUAAAAUGUUGUCAGCUUUACUGAAAUAAA